GUUCGUGUGCAACAUGAAUUAAUGUCCCCCUCAACGAGCGUUGUCAAUAGAAAGUCAUGGCGGUGCUAAAAACGCUGCUCGAAACUUUACUUUAUACCAUCAAUCACCUUUUGCAACAAGAAAAAUACAAAGCAGCUCUGGCGGUUCUCAAAGGCUUCCGAAAUGGUGCCGUAUAUGGAGCUAAAAUCAGAGCGCCGCAUGCAUUUGUCAUGACUUUUCUAUUCCGGAGUGGAAGUUUGGCAGACAAACUCCGAGCCAUUUUGAAGGCCACCUACAUGCAUUCGCGCAACCUGGCGUGCUUCGUGUUCACGUACAAGGGACUGCAGGCGCUGCAGGAAAAGCUCCAGGGGCGGAGUUUGCAGUCUCACUCGUUCCUGGCAGCCUGCGUGGGAGGAUGGUUGGUGUUUGGCAACAACAACAAUAUCAACAGUCAGAUCAACAUGUACUUGCUGUCCCGGAUCCUGUUCGCCCUCUCCCGGCUGGCCGCGGAGAAAGGGGUGGUCCCGCAGCCCAAACGAGACCCCUUCCCGCUGUUGGCCACCCUGGUGUGGGGGGCGGUCUUGUGGCUCUUCGAGUACCACCCGCACACGCUGCAGCCGUCGCUGCAGUCCUCCAUGAACUACCUCUACCACGACAGCGACGUGUGGCACGACAUCUCCGACUUCCUGCUCUAUAACAAGCGCACGACCGCUGCUCUCAAAUGAAGCUUUUACGCGAUGGACCGCUCGUCUUGAAGAAGAUCUGCACCGGGACACUGUUCCAUUUGUGGAAUUAAAGUAUAUACAGUAUACAAGUGUAUAUAAUUUGUGAAAUAUGAAUGCUGUUGCCACACAAUAAAAUACUGUAAA